UGCUGAAUCAUUUUUUGUUUGUUAAUCUUAAUCACUGUAUUUCCUGUAUUCAAUUGAGGUUCUCAAACAGAAUAUAUUACAGAUAUGAGCCGACUUUUUCAAUUAAAAAAUUACUGUAAAGAAUUCCAUCAAUUAUUCAUACCAAAAUAUUGUUUUUUACUCCAGUACUCGCCAGAAAAUCCUUGCAAUGAUCACUAAUAGAAUUUAAACGCAACAUUAUUGUAGAUAUUUAUUAAUUUCUGUGUACAUAACCUUGGUCGGGUGUUUAAUAACUUCAUUGAUUUCAAAUGGCUUAAAAACGAUAUCUGUUAAUCCGUUAUUUUGAGCUAAAUACAAAUGUUUACUUCUAGAAAAAAUUAAAGAAUGGUAAAUGAGGAAGUGGUGGAGACCAAUAAAAAACCUCAACCUAUAUUUAAGAAUCCCACGUUUCAUAAAAAAUUUCGCCCUAUAAGCAGUUCUGGGAAAAAAAGAACAUGGCGUUCCCUCAAGCAAGUACUAGCACAGGAACGUACUCUACCUUGGCCUCCUGAAGUAAUUCACUACAGCUCCAUCAAUGCUCCACCUAGCUUCAAACCAGCAAAGAAGUAUUCUGACAUUUCUGGAUUACCAGCAAGGUACACGGAUCCACAGAGUAAGUUAUAUUAUGCCACGGCAGAGGAAUUUGCCACAGUUCGCAGCUUACCGAUGGACAUAACCGCAGGAUAUUUAGCAUUAAGAGGUGCCUCUAGUAUUGUCGGUUAGUUUUGUAAUUGUUGUAACUAUCAUGUAUUCGAUGUUGAAAUAACACAAUAUUGACAAA